AUGGUGGCGGCGGGAGAGAAGAGCACACCAACCGCAACUUUGAAACUGCUAUCUCAGCACUCUGCGGCUCCGCAGGAGAAAACAGCCCAAAAUCAGGAGUUGCUCCAGCGACGCCUUCCCCCAGUUGUACAUGGGCCUCCUUUUUGUCUGUGUUUGCAGGUUGUUGUGUCUGAGGGGAGGCAGCAGCUGCUGACCCACCAUGGGCUCCGGCACCAGCAGCACGUCCCCUGUGACAGCCCCGUGCGCUUCCUCAUGUUCUGGGAGGCCGCGGGGUCAUUCAUCAGCCUCCACUCGGACCAAACCGUGCGCCUCCACAAAGCCAACGGCCACAGGCAGACCCUCUCGGCCUGCUUGCCUUUCGCCGGUUUGACUGCCACAGAGAUCCCCGGCUGCCUGGUCGGCUGGGGCCCCGGGCCCGUCUUCACCCUCCUGGACAGCCAGUUGCGGCCCCUGGACACGGCGGACAGCGCCCUGGACAUCCAGCUCUGCGAGGCGGCGGAACACUCCAAAGAGCUGGUCAGCGCGGGGGCUGGGAACGUGUGCGUGUGGUCGGUGAUGCUCAUGAGGCGCAGGGUGACCGUACGGGAGGGCCUGCGGCAGUACGGCGCCUUCAGCCACAUGGCUCUGGCCGCCCCGCGACCCGCCAAGCCCCAGAGGGGCUUUUUCGCCAGCGGGCAGAAUGUCGUGGUGGUCGACCUCGACGGUGGGAGGGUUCUGGAGCGUAAGGAGCGUCUCUGUCCAAGAAAUAUAACCGCGAUGGUGUACUGCUCUCAGCUGGACUGUUUGAUCAUUUCUUCAGAGGACCUGGCUAUAACGGUGUGGGAUUCAGAUUGGAAACUGCAUGUGGUUUUUUUAGGACACACCGCCGUGGUGACCUCCCUGUUCUACUGCAGUGAAUUGAACAUCCUGGUGUCCUCCUCGGCGGAUUGUACGAUCCGCAUCUGGAACGUGGAGGGGUGUGACACAAUCGACUGUAUUAAGACAGAACAAAAACGACCUCCGCUUUACAUAAGAGCCACGAAAAAAGGAGACACCUUCCUCACCGUUUCGCACAAGGGGAUAGACUUCUGGGCUUUCAGAAAUUUGUACACUCUUCACUGUCAGCUCGGGAGAGAAGAGGCCACACUGAGACAAAUUGUGGUCCCACAGCUGCCCGCUUCUUACCCCACAAGAGUCCUGUGCAUCAGCGGGGACAGAAAUAUCUCUCUUUUGGCUGAAGAGACAGGGGCCGUGUUAACUUUUUAUCAGGCAAAGCAGAAGAUUCUAUGUGCCGAUUACUUACUUCAAAAAGAGAUCCUUCUGGCUUUGACAGAGGCCGGUACAGUGCUGCAAGCCAACACACUCUCCAAUCCAAUCACCCUGAUGCAAGAAUGGACGGGCGUGGGCCAGGGGCCCUGGCAGCCCACGGACCACGUGACCAAGAAAGAUGCCAAGAAGCUGCCGGUGCCUGGCCCAGCUUCCUGCCUGGUGCUGUACAGCAGCGUGGCCGACACACAGAGAGCUUUGGAAGAAUGGAGAAGUUUACAGGGCGAGAGAGGCAGCAGCCACAGGAAGUACAUUGAGCUCAACAACACCAAGAAUAAGUUUCUGAUUAUCAUUGGCCAAAGUAGAGGCUGCGUGAGCGUUCUGAAGUCAGAUAAUGGGACGGUUUUGUUCAGAAUUCCGGCCCACAGCGGCCAGAGAGUCACAACAAUGCAGGCAUACCCGGAGGAGCACUGCCUCCUCUCCUCAGGUGAGGACUUGACGGUGGUCUUGUGGAGAGUCUACCCCCACAUCAAGGAGUGUCUGACCCAGCAACUCAGUGUGCCCUGCGACCAACCUCAGAUCUGUUUCGCAGCGCUGGGGUCCCAGAUGGCCUUGAGCUUUCAGGAGCCCAGUAGUGGCUCUUACAGGCUGAGGACUCUGCAGCUUCAGGCUGUGCCCCAGUGCCUCGCUUACAGCUGUUCUGGGGGACAACUGUACCUGGGAAUCGGAGGGGAUCUGUUCAAGAUGAGGUGUGCAAAGUUUCUGCCAACAAACUACAGAGAAAUGAAAAGAAAGGUGCAGAAGACCCCCGUGGCAGAGGUGCCACCACCUGUUGAGAAAGUCAUCCCAAAAGAACCCGUCAUAGUCAAGAAGCCUGCUCGGUUUAGGAAGACCGAAGAGCCUGUACCAGAGAUCGUACAGGUAAUAGAGCAACCAAAACCCAGAACUCCUACUCCAGCUCCUCCUCCACCCAGAGCUCCAACUCCACCUCCACCUCCAUCUCCACCCUUACCGCGGGAGCCCUCCCCAGAGGUCCCAACCUUCCUCAAACAGUUUGCAGAGAGGGAAUGGUUCACCGAAUUGUACCCCGAUAAAAAGGCUAUCCCGGACAGCCUCACUCCAGAUGACUUCUGCCUAAAGCUUCUGAGCUAUCUCCAAACCUGCUGCGUGAGAUUCAGGAUGGAGAUCAUGAGCGCUUUCCACGCGCUGCACCAGCAGGGGCUGCUCCUCAGCACGGACAGGCUGUACACAGGCCUCAGCAACUCUCUGCAAAAGUUUGCAAAACCAAACAUGUCUCCUCUGGAAUGCGGCGCGCUCACACAGAUGCUGAACCUGCUGAAAAAUCUGAAAUCCAAGAUCAGUUUCAAACUCAUGAAAACGCUCCUGGCUCUUCUAGCCUGUGAAGAACUGGAACUCCGGAAAGCGGCGCUGCGUCUGCUGAGGGCAGCAGGUGUGGACGAGGCCGAGGACUGGCUGCAGCCCGAGCUGGAGAGCUGGCAGCCGGAGCUGCAGGACCCGUCUAACGCCUGGGCCAACCUCCAUGGCAAAGCCGAUUUUUGGUUGGAGAUGUGGAUCACCGAAUUCAAAAAACACAACCAGCAUCUGAACAUUGAGACUACCGACAUGGGGGAAUCCCCAGCCUUCAGCUUGGUUGACGUGCUCAAUUAUUUCUGCUCGGUGCAGAGAGAGGAGCACAGAAAGGCCACGCGGUUAACCGCUUAUCACACUGUGACCUUACCCCUGAAGGACUGUGCUUUCAAACCAAUCCUUCGUCUGGGAGAGACGUACAGCAUGGACAGAAUACGCAGGCCUCUCGGCCAGUGA